CCGGUUGUAACUCGAAAUAUUCAAUAAUCUAGGAAGCGUUGCGCUGGAGUGAAGACAUUUUACAGCCAAACAAAAAAAAAACCGAGAAGAAAGUCCAGUGUGUUGUUUUAUAUAAGAAAAGGAGGAUCCAGUGAGCGCUUGGCUGACCAGCAGCUAUGAGCUUCUUUGGUUUUGGUCAGAGUGCGGACAUCGAUAUAGUUCUGAAUGACGCCGAAACCAGAAAGAAAGCGGAGCAUAAAAGCGAAGACGGCAGGAAGGACAAAUAUUUUCUCUUCUACGACGGCGAAACGGUGUCGGGGAAAGUCAACGUGACGCUCAAGUACUCGGGAAAGAGGCUGGAGCACAACGGCAUCAAGAUUGAGUUUGUUGGCCAGAUAGAGCUGUACUAUGACAGAGGAAACCACCACGAGUUUGUGUCUCUUGUGAAAGACUUGGCUCGGCCAGGGGAGCUCACACAGUCCCAGACGUUUGACUUUGAGUUCACACAUGUGGAGAAGCCCUACGAGUCUUACACCGGUCAGAACGUCAAAUUGCGCUACUUCCUGAGGGCGACGGUAGGCCGGAGACUGAAUGACAUCAGCAAAGAGCUGGACAUUGUGGUGCACACGCUCAGCACCUACCCUGAGCUCAACUCCUCCAUCAAGAUGGAAGUGGGCAUCGAGGACUGUCUACACAUAGAGUUUGAGUACAAUAAAUCCAAGUAUCACCUUAAAGACGUGAUUGUCGGGAAGAUUUACUUUCUGCUGGUGAGGAUUAAGAUCAAGCACAUGGAGAUCGACAUCAUCAAGCGGGAGACGACCGGCACCGGGCCAAACGUCUACCACGAGAACGACACCAUGGCCAAGUAUGAAAUCAUGGACGGUGCACCGGUCCGAGGGGAGUCCAUCCCCAUCAGGCUGUUUCUGGCAGGCUAUGAGAUGACGCCCACAAUGAGGGACAUUAACAAGAAGUUCUCGGUGCGGUACUACCUCAACCUGGUCCUCAUAGACGAGGAGGAAAGGCGCUAUUUCAAGCAGCAGGAGAUCACCCUGUGGAGGAAAGGGGACAUAGUGAGGAAGAGUAUGUCUCACCAAGCGAUCAUCGCCUCCCAGCGCUUCGAAGGCUCCUCCAACCCAGAGAAGAGCCAGACCCCGAGCAAUGCAGAAGAGGGCUAAAGCCCAGCAUGCACUUCACCCCCUGUGUAUGCUGUUUAUAAACUGGACUCAUGGCAGGGCUCGGGAGCGGAGUGAAAAUCCGACUCCACUAUCCCCGGGGAUCACUUCAUCAAAUCUAAUAUGGACAGUAUUCCACCCGCGUUUAGUGACAAAGAGAGUCCUGCCGGGACUGACUGCCCUGUGGGGUUAGUUAGCGUUGUGCCUAAGGGUUUAUUGCCAAAAUGUUUCAGUGCAAUACUAUAGAACUACUGCCACAGUGAUAUGCUCCACCUUUUCUCCCCAAUUAGACUGUGCUCAUCUCUUAAUCCACUACAGUCACCUAUCCUGGAAAAAAAAAAAAAAAAUGGGUUCACUGCCAAAAAGGUUUCAAAUAAUGGUAUUGUGAAGAACAUGAAUGUAUGAGAAAUGCAACUCUGUCAUAUUGAGUGCUAGAAUUCAAAUUCAGAAACUGAAAAGUCCCAAACUCUGUGCAGGGAGAGUAGAUCAUUGAGUUCCUGUGCCAUGACUCCUUUUUAUU